UACUGACCCCUCACACACACAAACUAAGACUCUAUAGCAUGCUCUGAAAGGACUUUCUGUAAUCUGUUUGGUAGACUUAACAAAAUCAGCUCUUGGAUACUUUGUGCAUUCACUGUAAUCAUUUUUUGUUUGUUUUUUAUGUUGAUGUUGACAAGAAUUGUGAACUUUGCAGCUGCUUCAACAAGAAGAGGAGGUCCUCAUGUUAGAUUCCUGCGUCCCGCUGUGCACACACUGUACAUACGGAGCACAAUGGCACAUGGCUUUUUCCCAUCUAAAAGGCUUUAAUUACUCGUGUUGAUGAAUCUGGGGAAGACUGCUGGCUUUGUUUCUUGCCUGAGCUCGGAACUGGAUGGUCAGUUUCCAGGGUUACUCUACAUGAAAAGAGGUGCAAAACAAGCGGCAUAGAGAGCAAAUGAGAAAAAUACACUGGUCUUACUUCUUAGCUAUUCAUUACCUCUGAUUCUGACUGAUCUGAAUUGGCCACUAAGAGAUGGGGGUCUCUAAAAGAGCUCCCGCCACUGAUAAUGUGUCAGAUGAAGGUAGCAAAAAAACCAUGAAGGAUGAUGCAGUUCAUCUCAGGAGGAGGAUAGGCCUGCUGCCAUCCAUUUCCUUCAUCAUUGGCACUGUGGUGGGCAGCGGCAUCUUCGUCGCCCCCAAAGGCGUAUUGAUGAAUUCGGGCAGUGUGGGAUUGUCCCUGCUGGUUUGGGCUUUGUGUGGCGUCCUCUCCACAUUUGGUGCUCUGUGCUAUGCUGAGCUGGGCACAAGCUUUACUAAAUCAGGGGGCCAUUACACCUACCUGUUGGAGACUCUGGGGCCCCUGCCUGCCUUCCUGCGACUGUGGACUGAGUUCAUAUUCAUCAGACCUGCAGUGGCCUCCUAUGUGUCUCUGGCUUUUGGACGCUAUGUAGUGGAGCCGUUUUUCUUGCCGUGUGUCGCUCCGACAGCUCUGGUCAAAAUCGUCAGCAUGCUGGGAGUCACAUUUGUGGUGGCAGUGAACUGCUGGAGUGUGUCUAUGGCAGCUCGUACGCAGGUCUCGCUAACCUUCAUCAAGAUGUUUGCUCUGAUUCUGAUUAUCAUCCCGGGCAUCAUGGCUCUGGCCAAUGGGAAAACUGAAAAUUUCCAGAAUGCCUUUGACUCUGAUUCUUUAUCUCUGACCAAACUUCCUUUGGCCUUUUAUUCAGGUCUUUAUGCAUAUGGUGGAUGGUUUUAUUUAAAUUUCAUAACCGAAGAGGUAAUUAACCCCAACAGAACCCUUCCAUUGGCCAUCAUUUUCUCCAUGGUGACCGUUACCGUGUUUUACGUGCUGGUCAAUGUGGCUUACUACACAAUGAUGACCGCAGAUGAGUUACUGAUGUCGGAUGCCGUGGCAGUGACGUUUGCAGGUCGGGCUCUGCAGGGUGUUGCUCCAGCAAUACCAAUAUUAGUCGCUCUUUCAUGUCUUGGAGCUCUUAAUGGAGGUUUUUUUGGUUCACCCAGGAUGUUGUUCGUGGGAGCCAGAGAGGGUCACUUUCCGGCUAUCUUCUCCAUGAUCCAUAUUCACAGAAAAACACCACUGCCAGCUGUGCUUUUUCUGUAUCCUCUGGUGAUCAUCAUGCUGGCGAGAGGAGAGAUCUUUCAACUGAUCAACUUUGCGUCGUUCUCCCGUUGGCUCUUCAUUGCCUUGGCAACCUUGGGAAUGAUCAUCCACCGCUACAGAUUUCCAGAACAUCCCAGACCAUUCAAGGUUCCUAUAGCAGUUCCAGUGGUCUUUACCAUAGUGUGUUUUUUCAUCGUGGGCCUGUCCUUGUAUUCGGACCCCUGGAACACGGGGGGCAGCUGUGCCCUCACGAUCUCAGGAAUACCUGUGUAUUACCUGACAGUCAAGAAGUCAUACAUACCUGAACGCUGGAAAAAAGCCUUCUAUUAUUUCAGUCAACAGCUGCAGAUUCUACUGGAAGUGGCUCAGCAGGAAGUUCAGACCUACUGAUGGAGCAUCACCAAACACCAGAUAAAUUCAUGCUAACAGAUGUGGUGUCAAAGUUUUACAUUUUAGUGGGGCUUGCUAUUACUAUUGCUCAUUUGAACCAACCCCUAACCACCCUACACUCUUAAAAACAAAGGUUUCAAUAGGGGUUUUCGCAGUGAUGCCAUAGAAGAACCAUUUUGUGUAGAUCAAGUGAUCAGUUCUUAAAGGGUUAGUUCACCCAAAAAUGAAAAAAAUUGUCAUCACUCACUCUAAUGUCGUUCGAAACACAAAUUAAGAUAUUUUAAUGAAGAUCUGUCCCUCCAUUGACAGUUCAUGUCACUACCAUUUUAUUGCUUCAAAAAGUUCAGAUAAAGAUCGUAAAACUAAUCUAUAAGAAUCGAGCAGUUUAGUUCAAAAUUUUCUGAAGAGACUUGAUCGCUUUAUUAGGCUUUAAAUCGAGAAUGAACCUCAUUGGUUCUCGCAUGUCAAGCAAACAUGCUUGAGCUUCUGUUUACCACAACUGAUGUGUGAGUUGAUGAAUGUUUAUGUGAAUAAAAGCCUAAAUUAAAUCUGUUCAUCAUUUAAAGAGAUGGAGCCUCGUCAGAAAAUUUGUACUAAACCACUCAACUCAUAUGGAUUAGUUUUACAAUCUCUUUAUUUUGUAUAAGUUUUUGAAGCUUCAAAGUGGUAGUUGCGUGGACUCUUAAGUGUUAGGACCGACAUGAGGGUGAGUAAACAAUGACAGAAUCUCAUUUUUAGGUGAAAUAACCCUUUAAAAGAACUACUAUUUUCUUAGUUUGAAGAAUUUUAUUAAUAAAAAGUCAAUUUUUACACUAUAAAUAACCUUUUGUAAAAUGUAAAGGCUUCAUGUCUGUUAAAGGUUGUUCAUGAAACCAUUGAUGCCAAUAAAGAACCUUCAUCUUUAGCAACAUCUUGGCACCCUAUCAGUUCGGUCAAGCACCACUCACAAUUUCUUCAGUACAAUUUUAGUUUUUAUUAAAGUCAGAGUCAAAAAUGCCCUGGAUUUUUCUAAUUCCCAUUUAAAGCAUUUUUAAUAUAUCCCUUUAUUCUGAAGAAAUAAGUACAACAGGAAGAUAAACCAAAUUGUACGCUUUGUUAGAAAUGACAAUUGGAGUUUCUGGUCAAAGCAUGUUUUCAUAGAUCAGUGAAAAGCCCGGUAGACAACAACUUUAACAUUUCAAUACAGGCUUCAAAAGAAUCACAAAACAUGUCCUAUUAUGUUUUUUUCAAUGGCAGAGGAUAUGAAUGGGACAUCUUUUUAUGUUACCAAAAGGUACACUGAGAAAUGUGAAAGCUGAUUAAUACAUGGCUUUGAAAUCUUCAAAGGCACUUGGUACUGACAGUGAGAUUUUCAAAUGUCUGUGCAUGAAUGUACUAUUAGAAAUGAAAUACUAUAUUCUAAAGUAUAAUGCUCAUAUAUGUUCAGACAUUUUAACACACUAACUCUGUCAACUGUGUAGUUUUGUAUAUUUUUAUGAUGAUUUUUUUUUUUUUUUACACUGGAGGAAUACAAUAUAAUGUGACAUUAACAGCUACAUUUGAUGGUAGUCUUCUAAGCAUAUGAACUCUGUGCACGCUCACUAAUCGCUCUACAUGUAAAUGAACAAUAAACGCUUUGGAAUACA